CUGGAUAUAGCUUCAAGCAUUGCAAUUUUAUUUUUUUAAACAUUCUUCUACUCAACUACACAGAAUUUCAUUUCAAGGGAAAGAAUGGCAAGUUUACUCAUCUUUGUAGGGCUUAUUGCUCUUUCCUCCUCAUUGGCCAUGGCUGCUGACCAUAGUCCUCUUCAAGAUUUCUGCGUUGCCGAAUCCAAUAGCCAAGUUGUUUUGAAUGGUCUGGCAUGUAAGAAAGCAAGCACGGUGGAAGCCACUGACUUCUCCUUCAGUGGACUUCACCUAGCAGGCAACACGAGCAAUGCAGUUGGGUCAAGAGUAACUUUGGUUUCGGCUACUCAAAUACCUGGACUCAACACACUUGGUAUCUCUCUAGCCCGCAUCGACUAUGCACCAUGGGGCAUCAACCCCCCUCACGCCCAUCCUCGUGCCACUGAAAUCCUCACCGUCAUGGAAGGCAGCCUUGAAGUUGGAUUCGUCACCUCCAAUCCCGACAAUCGUUUGGUCUCAAAGAUCCUCAACAAGGGUGAUGUCUUUGUCUUCCCCAUCGGUCUCAUACAUUACCAGAGAAACGUUGGAAAUGGCAAUGCAAUGGCUAUUGUGGGUCUUAGCAGCCAAAAUCCAGGAGUCAUUACCAUUGCAAAUGCAGUUUUCGGUUCUAAGCCGGAUAUAUCUACUGAUAUACUUGCCAGGGCGUUCCAGCUCGACAGGAGCAUCAUCACCAGGACCCAGGCUAUGUUUUAAAAGAUUUUAAUCAAAAUUGAGCAUUUGAGUUUAUUUGAAUUCUAGAAUUGUUGUGAAUUAUUGUUUCCGGUUAAGCUGUGUGUAGUUUUCUUGCUUGUGACACUUGAACCUGCUCUGGAAGAGAGAGAGCAGAUAUUUACAGUUUCUAUUAAUUUCAUUGCUUCAUGAUUUCUUUAAAA